AUGUCGUUCUCCGCAAUCCCAAUCUUGGACCUGUCCCUAGCCAACUCGCCGGACACAAAACCCCAACUACUGCUCGACCUCCGUCAUGCCCUCCUGGAAGUCGGCUUCCUGUACAUCAAAAACACCGGCAUCCCACCGGAACUAGUCACCCGUGUCAUAUCCCUCGGCAAAUCCUUCUUCGCUCUGCCCGAACACGAGAAGCUGAAGUGCGAAAUGGUCAACGCGCCUUCAUUUCUGGGCUACAACAAGCUCGGCAUGGAAAUCACGCGCUUCGCGACCGACUGGCGCGAGCAGAUCGACUUGUCGACGCCACACCCGAUCCCUGGGCCGAAUGAUCCGCUGUAUCGGAAUCUCCUGGCGCCGAAUCUGUGGCCUGAUGAGGACGCGUUGCCGGGGUUCAGGGCGGCAUAUGAGGAGUACAUGGGAUUGAUGGGUGCGAUGUCGAUGCGAUUCACGGCGCUGUGUGCGGAGGCGAUUGGGUUACCCGGGGACGCAUUUGAGGGGUUCUUUGAUGGGGAGAGCCAGCAGCAUAAAUUGAAGAUUGUGAAGUAUCCGGACCUGGAGGAAUUGGGCGUGCCGGAGGGUGUUGGGGAGGGGCAAGGAGUUGGGCCGCACAAGGAUUCGAUGUUGACGAGUUAUCUGUUGCAGGCGAGUCAUCAUCGGGGGUUGCAGGUGCAGAAUGCAGAUGGGGAGUGGGUUGACUGUCCGCCGAUGGAGGGAACGUUUGUGGUGGCGAUUGGGCAGGGGAUGGAGGCGUUGACGCAGGGCGUUUGUCAGAGUACGACGCAUCGGGUGUUGAGUCCGCAGAGGGGGUUGGGGGCGAGGUAUAGUAUUCCGUUCUUUCAGGGGGUUAGUUAUGAUGCGACGUUUGAGAGCAUGGAUGUGCCGGAGUCGGUGAAGGCUUUGAGGAAGGAGAUCUUGGAGAAGAGGGGAGAGAAGCUGGAUGAUAUUGAGUUCACGUUCAACAAGGGGAUGUGGUCGAGGUUAGGGGAGGCGACCCUCAUGAACAGGAUAAAGAGUCAUCCAGAUGUGUCUGAACGGUGGUAUCCGGAGCAGUUGAAGCAGAUUAGGGAGCAGCAGGCUGAGGAAGAGAGGAGGUUUAAGGAAAAGGAGGCAGAGAAGGCGAGGAAUAGUUCGGCUGGGGUCAGCGUGCAGCCUGCUGCUGUAGCAGCACAUUGA